AUGCUCCCCAACAUUGACGCGCUCGCUUACGUGAACAAGGCCCAGGAAUACAAGCCCGGGAUGGCCUACAUGAUCGAAGUGUUUACAACCUGGUGCCCGCCCUGCCGUGGUAUGAUUCCGCACCUGGCAGAACUGCCGACAAAGUAUCCCAAUGUAUACCUCGUUGCAGUCACAGAGGAAGAGCAGGACAAGGUCGAGGCCUUUGCCCAAAAGAUUCCACCCAUGAAAAAGUACAAUGUUGCUUGUGACGCCAAAGGAGAGGUUAAGGCGCUCCGUGAGGCAGAGGCACCGAACAUGGGCACCCCCGGUGCGUUCCUCUUUGACAAGGACGGGAAGCUGAUCUGGCACGGAGUUCCGUCAUCCCCGGAGUGUGAUGAAUGGCUCGGAAAGCUCAAUAGUGCUUAA